CCCGCUACCCUCCUGGUUCCCGACAUUUCUUCGAUCAUCCCCGCGUCUCUUUUUUGUACCUGCUUCUCCUACCCAGUUCGACAUUUCGGAGAUUAUCUCGACGAAAUCCGCUCGAAAGAACUAGGUUUGUCGAACUAAAUCGUAGCAAUUCGAUUCAGCUGACGGAGUCCUUUUAAUCGAUCUCGCUAUUGCCUAAAAAGCAGUAUCUGAUCAACCGAUUUAACCCUAGCAUUACGGAUCUCCUCGCGCAAUCCAUAGAAAGAUAAAACUUGACGGUCCGGACGGCAGUUUUCUGUAGAUAUAGCCAUCCUUCUACUGCCUAUCAUAUGCGCAUGCCCAGAUCCAACCGUUUCCUCCUGAACCCCAGCGAGAAGAAAACCCUGGCUCGGAUGGCGAGGAAUGGCUCUCAUAUGAAUGGUGGAGAUAAGGGGGAGAUCUCCGACGGUGACUCGUCGGCGUCGCUGGAAGAGAUCUCCGCGGAGGAUUUUAGGCAAGACGGAAGGAGAUCGAGAUCUAGGGUUUGGGAUGACGGCAUGAUGGGUUAUUCUGUCGCGAACAACUUUGGCCCUAAUUUAUACAGCUUUGCGUGGGCUCAGGCGGUUCAGAAUAAGCCUCUUGGUUUGGAAAUGAAACCGGUGAAGGACGCUGAAGUGGAAACAGGAAAGGAGGGAGCUUUGGAUGCGGAUACUGGAGAUAGCACCGAGGAUUCGGUUGGCGAGAUGGAGAAGGAGGAAGGAGAAUUAGAGGAGGGAGAGAUUGAUUUGGACUCUGAACCUGUGGCUGAGGAAAUGAUAAAUUUAGCUUCAGAUAAAAUAAAAGACGAGUUGAAACCGCAGGCAUCAGAAACUAAGGAAAGUGAAGACAAGGAAGAAGCAGAUGUUGAAGACUUCGAUAGACGUGUUGCUGAAAUAUUGGAAGAGUUGGACACAAUAACUUCUGAGGAAGCAGAGGCAUCCUUGGAAGGCGUUUGUUUCCGGUUGCUGAAGUCUUUUGCAGGAUUGAAAACUAUGUUUGCAGAGGGCCAAGUUCCCAUUCUAGAUGCUCUUGUUCAGCAGGCGUUCAUGGGAAUCCAAACACUUCAUUCUGUUUUUUGUUCUGGGAAUCUGAAGAAAACAAAGCAGAAUGUGAAUUUAUUGUUGAGGUUGCUAAUUCAUAUAAAAAACCAGUACUCUGUAUUGCUGACCAAAGAACAAGUCACAGAGAUAGAUUCAAUGGCUCAGUUAUUGGUUUCUAAUGAUAUUAGCAAAGAGAAACCAGAUUUGGAUCUAAGAGAGACUGAUUUACGGGGCUGCCAUAGUGGAGGGAUGUUCCUACCCAAGUUUGAACUUCCUUUAACUAGAAGUAGAGUUGAAUUUAGCCCUUUGCUUGACCUUCAUGCUGAUUAUGAAGAAGGCAACCUGCCUUCACCUACACGAGAGAAUGCACCACCAUUAAUAAUACAAAAACCGAUUGGUUUUGGUACACCUGCAGUCUCUCUUCCAACAGUUUUCAAGAAUGAGGAAGAAGAAGAUACAACUUUGCAUUCAUAUAUGAAUGAUGCCCUUAAAGCGGUUUCCUCUUACCAACAGAAAUAUGGGCGGACUUCUAUUCUUCCUAGUAAUCAGCUGCCAAGCCCCACUCCGUCAGAGGAAUGCAGCUAUGAAGAUGAGAAGCAUGAUGAAGUCUCAAGUUCUUUCGCUGUUGGUAAUACUAAAUCUGUAAAGGGUUCAUUGAAGCCUGUGGGAUCUUGUGGCAGCUCUAACUCUGCAGAUGGUCUGACUGGAUUUCCAUCUGCUCCUAAUAAAAUGGCAGGGCAGUUGAAUUCCCUACAAAAUGACGUUGUAAAGGCUAAGAGCAGGGAUCCUAGACUUCGAUUUAUCAACCCUAAUGUAGGUGUUUCAUCUGAUCAGAAUAUGUCCAGAAAUGGGCAUGUAGAAGGCCAAAUAAAUUAUAAAAAGCACAAAGCUGCAGAUGUUAUCAUGCAGGAUGACCAUCCCUUGAAAAGGCAAAGGCAAUCAUCUAGUGUUACUACAGAUAUACCAGUGAAUAUGAGUAGUGUGACUUCUGAAACAAUCAGUAAGUUGCAUUUGACUGAAUCUAUGGAAGUUGGAAUGAGAAAACCUGGAAAUGCAGCUGCUAUAACUGACACUAGACUAGAUGCUACUGGUAAUUGCAUUGGUGCAAAUCCUGUGACUGAGCAGAAUCCUGCAAUCAGUUCCGCUCCUGCUGUUUCAUUGCCUUCUUUAUUGAAGGAGAUGGAUAUAAGCCCUGAGAUGCUUAUGGAGCUAAUUAAAAUAAAGCAGCAGAGUUUAGCAGUAGAGUCCCAGCAAAAAAGUGGUAUUUCAGCGGGGGCUGCGGUACAAUUAAAAAGUUCCAAUGGAUUGCCUGGUAGUAUUUCUUCUAUCAAUGGUGUUACACUGAAUCCAAUGGAGAUUGGACAGAAUGCCUCUAGCAAAACUCAGAUAUCUGCACAGAAUGCAUCCUUGAACCCUCAGAAUGAUGCGGGUAGACUUCGGAUGAAACCUCGUGAUCCUCGCCGCAUUCUUCAUGAUAGCAUUAUCCAAAAAAGUGAAGCUUCACCUUCUGAUCAAAACAAAAUGGGUGCUAUGCCUUCAAGCUCCCAAAUUAACAAGGACAGGAUAACUGACAGAGAUUUGGGAGAGCAAUUGCAGAUCCCUAAUGGUAGUCGGCAGUUCAUGAAGAAUCUCAAGACUAUUGCUGAUAACAUGUCUACCUCUAAAUUAGCUACUAUUGCCUCGGCAUCAGGUCCUCUGGAUAUUUCACAGCCAAUCAUAGGCAUGACAGAUAAGCCAGAUGGAAGAGUUAUCAUAGAGUCGAAUGAUUCUAAAGUUGUAAAUGGUUCUUCUUCUCAAACAGGCACAGUAGAUGCCUCUCAAGAAACGAAUCCAUGGGGAGAUAUGGAUCACCUUUUGAAUGGAUAUGAUGAUCAGCAAAAAGCUGUCAUCCAGAAAGAAAGGGCAAGGAGGAUAACUGAACAGAACAAAAUGUUUGCAGCCGGGAAACUUUGUCUGGUGCUUGAUCUAGAUCACACCCUCCUCAACUCGGCCAAGUUUGGAGAAGUUGAGCCAGUUCAUGAAGAGAUUUUGAGGAAGAAGGAAGAGCAAGAUCGAGAACAGCCGCAAAGACAUCUUUUCCGUUUCCAACAUAUGGCAAUGUGGACCAAAUUGAGGCCGGGUGUUUGGAACUUUUUGGAAAAGGCUAGUAAGAUUUUUGAGCUGCAUCUAUAUACGAUGGGCAAUAAGUUGUACGCCACUGAGAUGGCAAAAGUUCUUGAUCCGACCGGGAUCUUGUUUGCUGGACGAGUAAUUUCUAGGGGAGAUGAUGGUGAACCUUUUGAUGGUGAUGAGAGGGUGCCCAAAAGCAAAGAUUUAGAGGGGGUGUUAGGUAUGGAGUCCGCUGUGGUGAUUAUAGAUGAUUCGGUCCGUGUCUGGCCACAUAAUAGGCACAACCUGAUUCUUGUAGAGAGAUAUACUUAUUUCCCAUGUAGUAGAAGGCAGUUUGGGCUUCUCGGGCCUUCACUUCUUGAGAUUGAUCAUGAUGAGAGACCAGAAGAUGGAACUCUUGCUUCUUGUUUAGCGGUCAUAGAGAAAAUUCACCAAAUCUUCUUUUCUCACAACUGCCUAAGUGAUGUUGAUGUGAGACAUAUACUUGCAACAGAGCAGCGAAAGAUACUUGCAGGAUGCAAGAUUGUCUUUAGCCGAAUAUUUCCAGUGGGCGAAGCCAAUCCUCAUCUCCAUCCCCUAUGGCAAACUGCAGAGCAGUUUGGUGCCGUAUGCACCAACCAGAUUGACGAGCAGGUCACUCAUGUUGUUGCCAAUUCUCUUGGAACUGAUAAGGUGAACUGGGCUUUAUCCACGGGAAGAUUUGUGGUCCAUCCUGGCUGGGUGGAAGCUUCAGCUCUCUUGUACAGGAGAGCAAAUGAAAAUGACUUCGCAGUAAAGCUAUGACCAGAGCCUCUAACCCCUCUUAAUAAUAAGAAAUAAAACCCUGGAGAAUCUAAAAAAUGAGGAAACACGCGCUUACCCCUG